AUGAGUUUUGACGCCGCUCGUGCAAUAUUCAAUUCAAUUGAUGCCAACCGUGAUGGUGCCAUUGACCGUAAUGAAUUCCAUAGCUUCGUUGGUGGUGCUGGUGGUUUUGGAGGCGGAUACGGUGGUUAUAGUAGUUAUGGAGCCGGAUAUGGUGGUGCAUCAAGCUAUGAACUCGGCGGUGCUGGAUAUGGUGGAAGUCUUGGCUUAAUUGGUGGUGGCUCAUCAAGCUAUGAGGCCUCAGGAUUAUAUGGUGGCGGUGCAUAUGGAGCUGAAUUUCUUGGUGCUGGUUAUGGUGGUGCAUCCUCAUACGAUGCAUCAUCAUACGAUUCAUUGGCAGCCUAUGGUGCUGGUGCUGCAUAUGGUGCACAUGUGUAUCCAACUGACGCUCAAGGUCUCUAUCAAGAUCCAAACCCACAAAUCAUUCGUCGUCCAGCUGCUGGUGGUGCACAAACUUAUACACAAAACAUCAGAGUUCGAUUCCUUCAACCACCACCGGUUCCACCACCAGGCCCACUUAUCAUCAGAGAAGUGCGCCCACCUCAACCACCAGUUCCACCACCACUUCGCAUUCGUCAACAAGCUCCUCCUCUUCCUACACCUCCUCCACUCGUUCUUCGUGAACGUCCACCACAUCCACCACCACUGAUUGCUUCACAAACUGUUAUUCGUCGUUUGGCAGCUUUACCUGUUCCACCACGAUCGGUCAUUGUCGAACGUUUUCCACCUCUUCCACCUCGUCCUCGUGACGUCGUCAUCGAACGAUGGAUUCCAUAUGGACCACAAGCUAGACGUCGCACAAUUGUACAACGUGCAGCAGCUGCCCAACCAUAUCCUCAUCCACGUAAUGUUAUCAUUCAAUACGAACAAGCUCCAGCACGCAUCGUUCGUCAAUUCCAUCGACUUGGUGUUGUGCAAGCCAAUCCAGCAGCUUAUGUUCAACAAUAUGGUCUUAGCCUUCUCGAUGGUUCUUCACUUGUUGCACAAGCUCGUGCUGCUGGUGUUAUCGAAGACAUCUCACCUCCAGGUUUUGCUGUUGGCUAUGGUGCAGCAACCUAUGGUCAAGACCUUAGUGCUUUUGGCGCAUCAGCAGGCUGGGGCAGUGGAUACUCAUUAGAUGCUGGUUUGAUUGGUGGAGGUUCAAUUUACGACUCAGCAAGCUACUCAUUGGGUGGUGGUGGAUACGGUGGAUCCUCACAUUAUGGUGGUGGAUACGGUGGUGGAUACAGUGCCGGAUACGGUGGUGGAUACAGUGCUGGAUACGGUGGUGGAUACGAUGGUGGAUACGGUGGUGGAUACGGUGGUGGAUAUGAAUCAUCAUCAUACGAAUCAUAUGGAGGUCAUGGUGGAGUAGAUCUCGCUGGUGCUGCCUUCAAUACUGUUGAUAUCAACCGUGAUGGACUGAUUGAUCGUACUGAAUUCAAUCGCUUCUUCCAACAAGGUUUAUAA